UCUUUCCAAACCAGUGACUAUGAGCUGUGGUUCCAAAUUAAUCUCGUGGUCCUGCUGGCCAGCUUCCGUCCUUCAGUUUUGGUGGUGAUCCCCGCCAACCUCACCUGCGACUCUUACGAUGCAAUAUUGAAAGGCCUGGACAACGCUUUGGUGGUUCUCCCAUCUGCAGUUGGAGCGGAGCUGAAGUCAAGCAUAGACGAACUUCGACAGUCACCACCAGAAGGCUGCACGCCUCCUCGUCCUGUGGGUUUCUGCAAAGAGACAAUAGUGGAUGAGGUGAAGCUGUGUAGUGGUGUCAACAGUGGUCGACCCGGGAGCCAGCCUCCUUCCUCGGAUCAGCUGUGCAACUUCACCAUCUCUAAUUAUGCCUGCUCAUCGGACGCAUCAUCCCUGUCCUCUGAUGCUCUCGUCACGCUGCUGACUUGCAAAGUGCCGAGCAGCAUGAACAGCAGCGCAGAGACGUGGAAGCUUUUUUUCCAGAAAGUCGCGGGAGUUCUGGAGGUUGCUCUGUCAGCGUACUCCAACAAUAACCUCAGUGGCCAUCAGGCUGAGUCCAGUAUUCUCGAUGCCAUCGGAGAGGUGAAAGUCAACAACUUCAGCGCCGCUCAACUGACAGAUGUCAGCUUCAUUAGCGACUGGUUCCAGGGAAGGCUGAGACCAUUCUUGCCAGCGGUCUCCAGGGACUUCCUGUCCUGCCUUAGCUCCAAGAACUUCAGUUGCGACACCUACCAAGUUGUGGUGCAGGCUCUCAGUCGUCAAGCGUCCCUCAUGGAGGUGGGGCAACAACGGGUCGUCUUCACUGAAUUUGUCAAUCCCUUCCUCUCGAGAGAUGACCUACCAGAUCCUGCCUGUCUUGCCAAUACUACAAGCAGCGCUGACUGGCUGGAGAAGAACUUUGGCAACUUCUCCGUCUACGCCGCCUUGGAGGAUCUCCAAAGGCUGAAUGAAAAUUUCUCCAGCUUUGCAUCGUUGGCGCUGCUGAGCCCCAGCCAAGUAGCUGAACUGACACUGAGCUCCGGAGCGUUGAACAACACCAAUCAGAUCGUCGCUGUGUUUGACCGCCUGGAGAAUGGCAAUGCUUUCAAGAACGUGGAGGAGUUUCUGACGACUCUAACCGCAUCUCCUGAGAUUCCCGAUAUCGCCCCCGCUGUGAGAGACGUGAUGAUGAACCGAACAUUCGUGAUCAUUGAACUGAAGUUCCCGGAAUUUGUGGCUCAUGACUGGGAAGUGUGGUUCACCGAGAAGCUCAUCCCUGUCCUCCCCAGUUUCACCGCAGAAAUGCUGCUUAAGGUCACAGCUGGCAUCAACUGCACCAACUACCAUGUGAUCGUUGAGGGAAUGGGAGAUGUUUUCUACAAAAUGACAUUCACCAGGAGGCAGGAGAUAACCAGGGUUCUGGUGGAGCACCUGAAGCAAUUUGCCGUCCGAUUCAACAGUCCAGAUUGCAGAAAGGACAUCGGAAACGAUGCUGAGUGGCUUGACAUCAACUUGGGUCUAUUCUCCACGGUGGCCAAUUACACAGACCUCAAGGAGCUGAACAUCAGUGGGCUGGCAGCUUUGGAAUCCCUGUCACCUGACCAGAAAGCAGAGCUCCUGUUGGAUCCGUCCACCGGUGCUCUUGAAAAUGUGACCGUGGUGAAGGAGGUGUUGAGCAGCAUCCUGAGAGCCCCAGAUGAGAAGCAGCUAGAGAAAUUCUUUGAAACGUUCGUGGAGGUCAGCAAGGAGGAAAACAUCGCCUACAUCACAAACGCGGACGUCCGGGACGCAAUACUGAACCUGACUUUGACGGCUCUGGCUCCCAAAUUCCCUCUCUUCCAAACCAGUGACUAUGAGCUGUGGUUCCAAAUUAAUCUCGUGGUCCUGCUGGCCAGCUUCCGUCCUUCAGUUUUGGUGGUGAUCCCCGCCAACCUCACCUGCGACUCUUACGAUGCAAUAUUGAAAGGCCUGGACAACGCUUUGGUGGUUCUCCCAUCUGCAGUUGGAGCGGAGCUGAAGUCAAGCAUAGACGAACUUCGACAGUCACCACCAGAAGGCUGCACGCCUCCUCGUCCUGUGGGUUUCUGCAAAGAGACAAUAGUGGAUGAGGUGAAGCUGUGUAGUGGUGUCAACAGUGGUCGACCCGGGAGCCAGCCUCCUUCCUCGGAUCAGCUGUGCAACUUCACCAUCCCUAAUUAUGCCUGCUCAUCGGACGCAUCAUCCCUGUCCUCUGAUGCUCUCGUCACGCUGCUGACUUGCAAAGUGCCGAGCAGCAUGAACAGCAGCGCAGAGACGUGGAAGCUUUUUUUCCAGAAAGUCGCGGGAGUUCUGGAGGUUGCUCUGUCAGCGUACUCCAACAAUAACCUCAGUGGCCAUCAGGCUGAGUCCAGUAUUCUCGAUGCCAUCGGAGAGGUGAAAGUCAACAACUUCAGCGCCGCUCAACUGACAGAUGUCAGCUUCAUUAGCGACUGGUUCCAGGGAAGGCUGAGACCAUUCUUGCCAGCGGUCUCCAGGGACUUCCUGUCCUGCCUUAGCUCCAAGAACUUCAGUUGCGACACCUACCAAGUUGUGGUGCAGGCUCUCAGUCGUCAAGCGUCCCUCAUGGAGGUGGGGCAACAACGGGUCGUCUUCACUGAAUUUGUCAAUCCCUUCCUCUCGAGAGAUGACCUACCAGAUCCUGCCUGUCUUGCCAAUACUACAAGCAGCGCUGACUGGCUGGAGAAGAACUUUGGCAACUUCUCCGUCUACGCUACCUUGGAGGAUCUCCAAAGGCUGAAUGAAAAUUUCUCCAGCUUUGCAUCGUUGGCGCUGCUGAGCCCCAGCCAAGUAGCUGAACUGACACUGAGCUCCGGAGCGUUGAACAACACCAAUCAGAUCGUCGCUGUGUUUGACCGCCUGGAGAAUGGCAAUGCUUUCAAGAACGUGGAGGAGUUUCUGACGACUCUAACCGCAUCUCCUGAGAUUCCCGAUAUCGCCCCCGCUGUGAGAGACGUGAUGAUGAACCGAACAUUCGUGAUCAUUGAACUGAAGUUCCCGGAAUUUGUGGCUCAUGACUGGGAAGUGUGGUUCACCGAGAAGCUCAUCCCUGUCCUCCCCAGUUUCACCGCAGAAAUGCUGCUUAAGGUCACAGCUGGCAUCAACUGCACCAACUACCAUGUGAUUGUCAGAGGACUGAAUGUGGCUUAUUUACAAGUACCUGUCGAAAGAAGAGAGGAACUUGCUACAAAUCUAGUAGUUUACCUCAGACAGUCUCUUCACCAGAUCAGUCAGCUUGCCUGCAAACAGGGUGUCCAAAAUGACACUGACUGGCUGGUUCUGAACCUUGGUCAGUUUUUCACCUAUGUGCCUUAUUCUGACUUGGCAGAAUUCAACAUCUCUAGGGAAGCCGUGUUUGGCUCUCUAACUGGUGAACAGAAGGUGGAGCGAAUCUUGACACCAGAUCUGGUGGAUGACGAGUCUGCUGUUAGAGAAUUGUUUGGAUCUGUUGUAAACUCUCCAGACCAGAACCAGUUGGAUGAUUUUUUUAAGAAAUUGAUCCGCAUAUCUUCACAGAGAAACGUGUCAAGCAUCAGCACUGCUGUGAGCAGCAUAAUUUUGAACAUGACAUUGAUGGACCUGGCGAACAGAUUUGAAACCUUCGAUCCGCAGACGUUUGCUUUAUGGUUCCAGACGUACCUGCACGUUUUCCUCCCUGGGAUUGGUCCAGAUAGCCUUUCUGUCAUCCCCAGGACCAUCAGCUGCGAUUCUUACAGAGAAAUUGUGAAAGGCUGUGAUAACGUUUUCAGCAGUCUCACACCGAUUCAGACAGAGUACGUCUACAGUUUCACACGAGACUAUCUCUCCCAUCAGCCCAGCCAAGGAGAUUCUUGUGUGCUGAAUACUAACAGUGACUCUGAUUGGCUUCUGAAAAACUUUGGACGGUUCCGCUUCAUCGCCAAAUUUACUGACUUUACCAGUUUGAAGAGAGACUUUAAUGGGGUCGAGGUGGCAGAGCUUCUGACCGUGUCUCAGCUGGCUGGGCUUUGCUCCGACCCGUCCCGGCUCAGUGGACCAGCGGAUGUUCACACAGUGAUGAAUGAGCUUCAAACGCAAACGCUUUCAGAGUUUUUCGAUGUUCUUUCUCCAAACAUCCAAGUGAAUGAGCUGGGCUACCCUGCAGAGGUGAAGCGAGCCUUCCUGCAGACAGUGUUUGUGCGAGGAGAUCUGUCGUCUCCUUCGGUCAGUGAUGCUGAGCUGUCAGUCUGGCUCACGGUUCGACUCAGGCCACUGCUGUCCACUUUGAGCUCAGCAGAUGCUUCGGUGUAUUUUGACAUCAUAAGGGCUCGUGGCUGCAGCGUCCAACAGGAGGCCGUCAAUGUGCUGGACUCUCAAAGGACGUCUCUGGAUGGAAACACACAACGUCAGAUCUAUAACAACAUCCAACAGCUACUCACAGACGCUCCUCUUCGCUGUUAUGUCCGGGGCAGUUUCUACCUCUUCCUCAAGUCUUUCUUCCUCCAGUUUGGAUUUCCAGACCUCAACACCUUCCAGUCUCUGAUCCCUGCGGACAGGAGGCCUGAGCUGCUGAGCUCCAUCUCUACAGCCGAGCUGAGCCAGUUCCUGAACGCACCUCAGACGCUCGGAGACGGCUCGGGACUCUGCCAUCUGCUCGGCCAGUACAACCAGACCGCACGCUAUCUGGAGACGGAGCCGCUGGGAUCUGUGGGUUUGGCCCGGCAGGUGUUGUCCUGCGUCUGGCCUGGAGCUCUGAAGCUGGACGUCCAGUCCGAGGUGGAUCAGUGGUUCGAGCAUCGACUCGUGCGAUACCUGCCUCUGCUCAGCUGGCAGCUCAUCAGUCCCACACAGCUCCGCAGCGCCAGCUGUCUGCCCUACAGGAAACUUGUUUCAGUUCUCGGAAACAACUACAACUUCUCCAGAACUGACUUCACCCCAGAGGAUGUGUACAGCUCAGUGAAGGUGUAUCUCUCAAAUGGUGGCUCACCGCGCUGCUAUAACACCUCCGAUCCUCAGCUGAACUCCACAGAUUGGCUUGUGAGCUACAUUGGCAUCUUCAUCAGAUUCGUCAACCUGUCUGACCUCAACUCCUUCGUGUCGUCUGACCAGAUUGGUGUGUUCUUGGAGAACCCGGAGAACCUUCAGCUGCUCAAUGGCACCGUAACCAUCCAGUCCAGCGUAGCUAUCUACUAUGUGACACAGCUGUACAAUCAGAACCCGUCCUUCAACCCCAUCAGGCUGCCAGGUCAGUUCCUGUGUGCAGUCCCUUCAUUUGCAUUAGAGCUUUUAGGAGGCGCAGACAGUUUGGUGCUCAUCCAGCGGAUCAACGUGUUCUGUAAUGGAACCGAGAGCCCUGAGAUCACCUCUGCUCUCGCAGCCAAUCUCCCUUCGCUUUCCUCCUCCACCAUCCAGCUGCUCGGCAGUCAGAGCGUGGGCCUGACGGAGGCUCAGAUAAGCUCCGCCUCCUCUGAUGUCAUCAAGGGCGCGCUCUCGACCCUCAGCGCCGUCGACGGCUGGAAUCAGGGCCAAGCUAACGCCGUCAUACAGACUCUCAUCAAGUCUGACUUUCCAUUGAACACCGGCUCCUCGCUGCUGUCUCUCGGGACGCUCGUCAAAGGCGUUCCAGCAGAAACCAUCUCCAGCAUUGAACCUUCAGAGCUCCUGGCCAUAUCCCAAAAUCCCACAUUCCUCAGCAACAUCCUCUCAGCACCAGAAAUCCUGCAGCUGGUUUAUGUCACGAAGAUCGUGUCUAUAGAUGAAACUAAAGUCAUCGAGAACGUUCCGGACGUGUUGGCUGGCUUGAUCCCGCGUGUCUUGUUGAUCCCUCAGGAGUCUGUGAACAUCACACUGAUCAACCAGAAGCAAUGGACACAGGAGCAGGCCGUGAUGCUGUUCGGCUCCGUGGCGAGUGUCAGUGAGGACACUGAGGAGCUGUCUGAGGAGCUGCUGCAGGGCUUCACCUGCACGUCUGUCCGGACGCUGGCCGAGCCCAAGGUCAAGCAGCUGGUCAAAGCCUGCAGACGACGGCCAGGACGGCAGAAGGUCCAGCUGAAGGAGAGUCAGCUGAUGUGCAUGUACAACUAUAUGAAAGAUGAGCCUUCGCCAAGCUUCGCAGAUUUACCUUCAGACAUCCUGCUUUACUACAACUAUGAGAAGGUGGAGGAGGCGAACUGCCGCUCGUAUUUCAGCGCUGUGGGCACGGCAGAUUUCUCCGUUCUUUCCAGUGUCCUUGACAAACAGAAGACUCUGUUCAACAACGCACAGAGCUGUCUGGGUAUUUCGGAUCAAAGGCUGAGCAAGGAUCACGUGGAGGUUCUGGGUAACCUGACCUGCACUCUCGACGCCGUCUACAUCCAGAACUCUGACCCAGCCAUCAUUGAAAGCCUGAAGAAGUGUCACGAUCUGUCCGACACUCAGAUCAGCGCUGUGCAAUCACUGCUGCUCUCGGGAGAGACUGUCUAUGGGAACUCUUCUGCUUGGGAUCAGCAGACGCUGGAGAACCUCGACACCCUGCCGCUGUACUUCACUGACGACUUCUGGAGCCGCUUCAGCACGCCUCUGAAGAGGAGCUACAUGAAGGUGUUCAUGCCAUUCCUGAGGACCAGAAACACAGAGAAGCCGAAACUAAAGAAUCUCUUUAAGAAUUGCAACGCUGAGUUAGACGCUCGAAGCAGAAUCAGGCGCUCUGCAGACUGCACCGCGGGAAACAUCACAGAAGCCACCAUCGCAGACGCCUCGUUCCCGUUCGGAUACACCGUGGCCCAGUUCGACGCCUGUCUGAGCGCCAGGGUCCUCAGAGAUAACCUGGCCGCCGUCUCGGAGAAAGUGGACGACAACGACUUCCAGAGAAUCAUUCUGAGCAAGCUGAAGCAGGUGUAUCCGGCGGGACUCUCUGACAGCACACUGCAGCUGCUCGCAUCUGUCUCACGACAAGCCACGGUGGACGAGAUCAGGACCUGGAGCAUCACCAGCAUCGACGCGCUGACCGCACUGAUGGACUCACACAACGGAGGAUGGGACAAAGACAAGAGUAAGGAGGUGAUCCUCAGGUAUCUGAGUGUGCCCGGUCACACUUUAGGCACUAAUGAGCUGAACAUCAUCGGCUCGAACAUCUGUGCACUGAACAUCUCAACACUUCAGAGCGUUACAGCGAGAGACCUGAGCAAUGCAGAAGUUCUGGAUCUGUCCUCGUGCUCCUUUGAGCAGAAAUCAGUUCUGUACAGCACUGCCAACUCCUCGUUCAGAGCUCAGCGCAGCAACAGCCCGAUUUACUUCCACCUCAUCAGCCCUUACCUCGGUGGUGCUCCGGUUGAGGACGUGAGGGCUUUGGCCUCUUCUAACAUCACUAUGGACAUCAGCACCUUCAGAAGCCUCAGUGUACCUGUGGUGACGGGUCUGAGUGUGUCUGAUGUGCGUGCGCUCAUGGGUUCAACCGUGGCCGAUCUGAAGGUGUUUGAGAAUGACUCUGUGGUUCAGGCAUGGAUCUCCUCACAGCCGCAGUCUCAGUUAGACACGCUGAACCUGGGUCUGCGUGGAGGCCGAGCCGACCUGAGCACAUCCGCACCCAUCACCGUCCAAAACAACAACAGCAGCAGCACCGCUAACAGCAGCACCGCUAACAACAGCAGCGCUAACAGCAGCAGCAUCACCGGCAGCGGCACGCAGUCAGCGGCUCCUGGCCAAUCAGCUGCAGCGACUGUCACUGCACAGGGAUCUGCAUCAGCUCUUCGUCUCGGUCCAGGCCUGUGGCUCGUCCUGGCCUGUGUGUGGCUUCUGACCUUCACAUGAUAGAUGAUAUGACGUACUUAAUCAAAAAUCUAUGAACUCAUCAUCAGAAAUCCGUUAGAUUAACACAAGUGCUCCAUUGGAUCAAUAAUGUAGCAUCAAAUAUAUAUCGGAGCAAUAUUAAAUAGAAUAUCAGUAAUUCACUUUAGUUGAUUUUUGUGUCUCUCUUGUGUCUUUAUAGUCAUAUUUGUUCUGAAGUUAUUUUUAAUUUAAUUUGUGAUGAUUGUAUAAUCUGUGAACUAAUUUAAAACAUAAGUCUAGUCUAAUAAAAAUAUUUACACAUUAUCUGACGAAAAUGAAGGAAAUCACAGUUUUGUUAAAUUAAUAUGAUAGAAUAGCUUAUUAUUUUGUGCCUUAGUAGAAUAUUAUUUUCACAUUCACUUUUACUGUAAAAUCAAAUCACUUUCACUUCAAUAAAAUCUUCAUCUUUAUCUGCAUCAUA